AUGUGUGUGUGUAUUAUUUGAGCAAUUGUUUUGUAUAUGAGUGUGAGUAAAAAUUUUGUGUAUGGUAUUGAUGGUGUGUAUGUUUUUUUUCUAAAAAAAAAGUUUGGAAUUUUUUUUUCAUUCUUAUUUUCAUUCAUUGUUUAAGAAUUGAUUGAUUUUGUAAACACACAUCUUAUAUAUUCUUGAAUUCAAUUUGAAACAUACACAAUCGAAUAUAUAUUAUUCUACAUACAGACAUUAUUUGAUCGAAAUAGAAUCGAAUUGAAUCGUUGUCCAUUCUUUUGUGUGUACUCGAUUUUUUUUCACUCAAAUUUUUGCUCAUUCAGGAAUCAGGAAUUAAAUAAAAUCCAUUGAUGAUCGUUUAUUAUAGAAGAAAUCAUAUAAUAACCGAAAAAAAAUAUCUGGAAAUUGAAUCAAAUCGAUUGUGUGUGUGUGUGUGUGUGUAUGUGUUGGUAGUGCUCGGUAUUUUUUUUCGUUUGUUUGUGAAAUACACACAACAACACCCACCCAUAUAGUAAAAUAAUAAAUCAUCGAAUUAUCGCCUGUUUUUUUUCUAUUUUAUCGGCUUAUUUUUUUCUUCUUUAUUCGGUGGAUCAUUCUGGAACUUUCCGAUGAUUGAAGAAUUUAAUAAUAAUGGAAUCAAUGCAAACGGCUAAAACAACAACAACAGCCGUACCAAAGUCAAUGACAAUAACCGGUCAUACGAAUGAAUCAACGAAAUUGAUUACAACACCACCAUCCUCAUCAACGACUAUAACCAACAAUAAAAUACAAAAUCAACAACAACAACAUCAUCCUCAUCUUAAUGAUCCAAUAACAACAUUGUUAAGUGAUAAAAUUCGUUCAACAAUGAAUGGCCAUAUCCAUCAUCAACAUCAACACCAUAAUCAUCAUGGAAAUGGUUCUAUUGUUGUCACGGCCAAUAAUGUAACAUCGUCUAAUGCUACAUUGGCAGCAUAUACCACCGGAUCAAAUAAUCAUCAUAAUAAUACAAAUUCAACAUCAUCGACAACAACAUCACCAUCACCAUAUAUGAAUCAUGAGGCAUUUGCUGCACAAGUUCGUACCAUCAUGAAAGCAGCUGGAUUGAUUUCUGAUAAGUUAUCAUCACAUAAAAUGACAUUAAUGGCUGAAUUGUUUGCAUCGGAAGAUGAAGAUGGCGAUGAAGUCGAUGUCGAUGAUGAUGACGAAGACGAAGAUGAAGAUGAUGAUGAAGAAAUUUAUGAUGAUGAUGACGAUGAUUAUGUUGUUGAACCUAUCGAUAUUGAAGAUGAAGAGAAUAUUGUCGAUAUUGAUGAGGAGGAUGAAAUGGAUGAUGAUGACGACGAAGAAGAAUUGAAUGAUACUAAUCAACCUGACAAUGACGACAAUGAUGUAAUUGAUGAACAAAUGAUCAUUGCAGAUAAUAAUAAGAAUGAUAAUGUGGAUUUAAAAAGCAAUCAACUAAUGAAACAACAACAACAACAACAACCGCAAUGGAAAAAAGGAAUUCAAAUUGCUCGACAAUUACGUACAACACAGCAGCUAGAUAAUAUAUCAUCAGCAACAACAACUAUUAAUGAUAAUCAUCAAAGUGAUGUUGGUGAUGGUUUGGUUAUCGAUGCUGCAAAUGAUGCCGAUGAUGAAGAAGAAGAAGAAGAAAAUUCUGAAGUGGAAUCUUUUACAUUGGACGAGGAUAUUCAUUCAUCAACGGAUCGUAUCAUACAACAACAACAACAACAACAACAACCGAUUAAUGAUAAUGAAACUAGAGCAAUGUUUAAUGUUUCAUCUGCUAAUGCUGGAACUGCUACUACUACUGUUGGUAAAACACCAUUAGAUCUUGUAUCAAUGAUGACACGUUCUAUUCGUAAAAAUAAUAAAGAUGAUAUUUGUGGUGAUAAAAUUAAAUUUUCAUCAUCAUCUUUUAAUCCUAAACAACAACAACAACAACAACAAUUGAAUACGUCUUCUGUUACAGAUUUUCCAGGUUCUCAAUUAUAUCAUGAAUUACAAUUUACUUCAUCUGAUAUACAUUGUGCAUUUGAUGUAGUUGGUGCCACCAUUGCCAAAAUGCGUAUUAGUGAUAAUCAACAACAACAAUCGCAACAGAAUUUGCCUUCAUCAAUAAAUAACGAUGUCGAUACAACAACCGGAUUCAACGAAUAUUAA